CAGGAUGUCUUUUCGGAAGAGGUAAUUGCAGGAAAUUGUUCAAUCGUUGAACAUUCUAUUAACUUAGAAAAGAGUGAUCCCAUUAAACAGACACCUAGACGAAUCCCAUUCCAUUUGCGUGAUGAAGUAGAAAAAAAUUUAGAAGAGAUGAAACGCGAGGGAAUUAUUGAGGAGUCUUAUAGUCCUUGGGUUUCUCCUGCUGUUUUAGUUAAGAAAAAGGACGGAACUCUUAGAUUUUGUGUGGAUUAUAGGAAAUUAAAUGCUAUUACAAGAGAUUUUUUUCCUUUGCCUAGGAUUGAUAGUCUUUUCGAUCGUUUAUCCGGAAGUUCUUGGUUUUCGACCCUGGACUUGAAGAGUGGUUAUUGGCAAGUAAAAUUGCGUUCUCAAGAUAGAGAAAAGACAGCUUUUUCAGUUGGAAAUGGGCUGUGGCAAUUUACUGUUAUGCCUUUUGGUUUAUGCAAUGCUCCGGCGACUUUUGAGCGUUUAAUGGAAAAGGUUCUUCAUCAAAUCAUAAAUAAAAUGUGUUUAGUUUAUCUUGAUGACGUGAUUAUUUUCAGUAACACUUUUGAAGGUUCAUUAGCUAAUCUAAAGGAAGUCUUUCUUCGUUUUCGAAAAGCGAAUUUAAAAUUAAAUCCUAAGAAAUGUUCUUUCUUCGGAAGAAAGGUUAAGUACUUGGGUCAUGUUAUUACGGAGAAUGGAAUUUCUACUGAUUCUGAGAAGGUUGAAUGUAUUCAGAAUUGGCCUGUACCUCGUAAUAAAAAACAGUUACGCAGUUUUCUUGGUUUUUGUUCUUAUUACAGGAAGUUUGUUAAAGGAUUCUCCAUUGUUGCUAAACCUUUAUUUGUUUUGACCGAAAAUCAAAAUAAAUUUAUUUCGAAUGAGGAAUGUCAAUCGGCUUUUCUUAAACUUAAACAGUUCUUAAUGUCUUCGCCAAUCUUAUCUUUUCCCUCUGAAACAGGAGAAUUUAUUCUUGACACAAAUGCUUCCAAUCAUGGCAUUGGUGCAGUUUUAUCUCAGAAACAAGAGGAUGGGGAAAAGGAAAUAGCUGCUAAUGAUUCAUCUUCAAAAGUUUAUUGGACUCAGUGGGAUUCUUUGAUUCUCAAAGAUGGAGUGUUAUUUAGAAGAUGGAUUUCUCCGGAUUUACAUACAGAAAUUCUUCAAACAAUAGUCCCAAGAAAAUUUAUUCAACGAGUGUUAGAGGAAGCUCAUGAUUCUCCUUCUGGAGGUCAUUUUGGGGUGAAUAAGACCUUGGCAAAGAUCCGAAAACGAUUUUAUUGGGCUAUUUGUAAGCAAGAUGUCGAACAUUGGUGUAAAACUUGUAAGGUUUGUUUUGCUAAGAAGGGGCCUUCUGAAAAAGGAAAAUCUCCUUUUCAAAUUUAUAAUGUCGGUAUUCCUUUUGAAAGAGUUCAGAUGGAUAUUCUAGGUCCUUUUCCGAUCUCUUCAUCUGGAAAAAAGUAUUUAUUAGUCAUAACUGACUGUUUUUCUAAAUGGGUUGAAGCCUUUCCUACUGGAAAUAUUAAGGCGAGUACCAUUGCAGAAAUUUUUGUUAACCAAGUGGUUUCUAGAUUUGGCGUUCCUUUGGAAAUUCAUACAGAUCAAGGCAGAAAUUUUGAAUCUCGAUUAUUUCAAGAAUUAUCUAGUUUAUUGGGAAUCAGAAAGACUCGUACUACUCCACUUCAUCCUCAAUCUAAUGGUCAGAGAGAUUGGGAUCGUUGGAUUUUUCUUGGAUUGUUAGCUUAUAGAUCGUCGAAACAUGAAGUUACUGGUUUCACUCCUUCUGAGUUAUGUCAGGGUAGAGAAUUAAGAUUAUCCUUAGAUCUUCUUCGUGGACUUCCUUCAGGAGAGGAUUCGGAGUUAGAAAGAGGAUAUCUCUCUAGACUAAGGAAAAAAUUGGUUUCAAUUCAUGACGUUGUUAGGCAACGGUUGGAAUUGAAAUCUCAAAAGUUGAAGUGGUGA